CAGAGGUGGUUCUGGUUCCGUGCUGGUCCAGUGCCAGCAGAACGGGGCUGGGUGAAGGGGUUAUAACCGCGUACCUCUGGAGCAGCUCCUCCAGGCAGGAGGUGACCUGGUGUGCCAUGUGAGCCCGGCUGGACUGCCCACCCCAGGAGGGAGAGGAGCUGGGGCCACACUGGACAAUGCCCAGAGCUCAGAUCUCCGCACUCCAGCUGCGUUUGGGACAUGAAAUCCCAUGUUAUGGGAAUCCUAUGUUAUGUUGCCGUGUUUUUGGGGCUGUUCGGAGGGCGGCUCCGUUCAGCUCAGCUUGGCUCGGUGCAGCCCAGCUCGGUGUGGCCGUGCCAGCGCGGUGGCUCAGCACAGGAGGAAUGUGGAGCAGCAGGUUGUGCCCCGUGCUGGGGAGGGGACCCCACGCCGGCCACUGCCGGCUGUGCUGGGACUCCCGUGUCCUUGUCCCUGCACUUCGACAGCCAUCUCCUCUGUGGCUUGGCUGAGCCUGGUACAAGGCUGAGCUCCAGUGCCUGACAUGGGGAUGUUUUCCUGCUUUUCCUUGCCUGGGGGACACUUUUGCACCCCUGUGCUGAACCGGGGAGCCCUUCCUGUUCUGGGCACAGGUACAGAGGCAGUGAAGCCGGCCAUUGGCACAGGGGCUGGGCAGCACUGGACUCGAGGGGUCGGGCAGAGGGGUGCAGAAAACUGCCCCGGGGAGCAGGCAGGAGGAUCUGUGCCAGUGCUGGGACCGUUCCCAGCUGUCGCCAAGCCUGGCCGUCCCCCUGCAGACAUUUUCCAGGUCAGGAGGCAGCAUGUCCCCCCAGGCAGGGGACGAGGAUGGGGAGAGGGGCAGACAGCCUCCCCCACGGCCACUCGUCUGUCACAGCGUGUCAGGGGGAUGCACCGUGUGCUCUGCAGGGAUUCUGCUGGGGUCCAGAUUCUGGGGAAUCUGGCACCCGUGGGCUGGUAGGGGGUGCAGACGUGGCUCAGCUGUGGCUCAGCCGUGGCUCGGCGGGGCUGUGGGUGCCAGGGCUGGCUCCUGCCGCCGGCGGUCAGUGCUGGGACAGGCGCUGGGCUGCUCCCAGGAAGUUUGUGCACGCAGGUGAGCGGGUGACGCUGGCAGCUGCCUGCUCGGGGCUGCCGCGGGAGAGAGUGAGGCCACAGCACACCGGCCCCUGCCCUGCCCACCACUGCACCUGCCGACGGCACCUGAGCCCUUCGCUGCCCGUGGCGGCCGCCCAUCCGUGUCCCGGUGCCGGCACGGAGGAUGCCCGUCGAGGCGCUGCAAGCCGGUGACACCAUGAAGGGGGUGACGGUGCCUUUCACCUCGGCCAUGCCCGUCCGUAUCCUCCGCAAAGGGCCCGCGUAUUUCCGCCGGCACGCCGAGCCGGGGGCCGGGAAGCCCAGCGCAGUGGAGAGGCUGGAGGCUGACAAGGCCAAGUAUGUGAAGAGCCAGAAGGUCGUCAGUACCAAGCAGGAGCCGGUGAAGCCACUGCUGCUCAAGCAGCCUCUCUUCGCCCCCGGGGUGCGCCGGGCUGUGCUCACCCCCAGCCGCAGGGCACCCCCGGGGCCGCGCCGCGCCGAUGCUGCCAGCCCGAAGACCUCCCUUGACCUGGAGAUCCUCAACAACCUCAUCAACCUCUGUGACAGCCCUUUCCCUAAGGCGGAGAGCCCGCUGGGCAGGGAGUGCAGGUGGCGGGCGGAAGCGCCAGCGGUGGAGGGGGCUGUCAAGCCACCGGAGAGCCCGGCCACCACCAAGCCCCCCGGCAGUGUAGCCGUGCGGAGGGUGGACGUCCGUCCCUGUGGAGCUCCACGGAGCCCAGUGACACCGCUGCCUGCGUCCCCCGUCCCAGGUGGGCUGCCUGUGACCCCAUCCCGGAGCUCGCCCGCCCGGCCCGAGAGCGCCCGGCGGCAGCCGCUGCUGCACCGCUCCAAGUCGGACCUGAGCGAUCGUCUCUCGCGGGCCACCGCCGACCUGGAGCGCUUCUUCAACUACUGUGGCCUUGACCCCGAGGAGAUGCAGGACAUGGGGGCUGAGCGCUUCGCCCGUGCCAGCUCUGACAUCGUGUCCCUCAAGUUCCACAGCGUGAGCACGGCCAGCUCGGAGGGCGGCCGCUCACCGCCCAGCGCUGCCACGCCGGAGGGACGGCCGGCGGAGCGUGUGCCCUACGGCAUCUCCAUCAUCGAGCGCAACGCCCGUGUCAUCAAGUGGCUCUACGGGCUGCGCCAGGCCAGGGAGCCCCAGAAGGUCUCCGAUGUGUAGUGGUGCCGUGGUGGGCACCGGGGAUGGGUUGCUCAAAAGCAGGCAAUGCUGGAUGGGGACAAAGCACAGGCUGUGCCCUGGGAGGAGCAGGGACCUCUUGAUGGUGACAGGACCUUUGAACUUAGCCCUGCUGUACUACAGCAUCACUGGCCUGAUGUGGUGGCCAGGGAUCCAUUGUCAGACCCCUGUGCCAGCACUGGAGGGCCAGGUCCCUGUGGGAAGGCAGAGGACUCAUGACCCUGGGUGUGUGGCUGGUCCUCAACACCCACAAGGCCUCAUGUGUGGCUGUCCUGCCUGCGCUGCUGGCAGCUCCUGCCUGUCCUGCUCCUCACCAGCACCCCUGGGUGGGGUGCAAGGGGCUGGUUCCCCCCUGCACAGAGCAGGGACACUGCACUGGGGAAGGAGCUGCCCCCUUGCAGCCUCCACCGAAGGGGUCCCACUGCCUGUGGUGGUGAUCACAUCCUGGUGGUCCCAUCUUAUUGCUAAAGAAAAGCCUGGUGCUUUGAGGGGUGAGGGGGAAACCUGACCCCCUGCUUCAAGCUGCCCAGGGCUGUGUGUCUGUGUGUGUGAGUGUCUGCAGGUGCCUGUGUUCCCCUCCCCGGCUGCCAGUGGGCACAAAGCCCCCACCAUGCUGGGCCUGGUAUUUAUGAAGACAACAGUUCCUCUUUUCUACUCUUUUCCUUGUGUUUGAUCUGUAAAUAAUAAUAAUUAUAAUGCAGCCAGUUUUAUUAAAUGCCUGUGUUUUGGA